AUGACAACCAGGGCCUUGGAGGAGUUGGAUGGAGGCCUGGGCAGUUGCCAAGUGGACGAGGACCUCUCUGCACUGGCUGACCCCUGCCCAGGCCGGCCCCGGGAGGACAGGGCUCAAGCGACAUCCAGGCUGGCCGACUCCAGCAGCUGGCCCCGUGAUUCUCAGGAGCCGGCAGCUGAGGGCAGCCCCGCAGGCGGUGUGGAUGCUUGGCCCAAGAAAACAGAAAAGGAGCCUGUGGACAAAGUGGCCUCCGGACCGGGUCCCCGGAGCCCCGCGCGGAAGAAGGCGCAGGCCGCGCCGCCCUCGCAGCCGCCGCCCACGCCCCCGGUCCUGAGCGAGGAGCUGCUCUGGGGACACCUGACGCUCAACAAGUGCCUGGUGCUCGCCUCGCUCGUGGCGCUGCUGGGCUCCGCCUUCCAGCUGUGCCGAGAGGCCGUGGCGGGGGAGGCGGAAGCCCCUGCGCCUGUCCCUGAGCCGUGGGUCCCGCCAAGCUCGUCCCUGAAGGAGCCAGCGUCACCCCUGCCAAAGUCCGUGGCCUGGGCCCCCCCACUGGGAUCGCUCGAGCCCCCGGCGAAGGUAGAGGAAAGGGCCGCGGUUCCCAGGAGCAGCAGGGCUGCAGGGAAGGACAAAGGGGAGUCUGAGGAGACCGCUGAGGAGGAACGCGUGCCGCUUGCCGACCGAGGGCCCAAGGAGAGGCGGAAGAAGGCGGAGAGGCUGAGAAAGGAGAGGCUCCGGAAGGAGAGGCCACAGAAGGAGGAGAGGCCGAGGAGGGAGAGACCCCGGAAAGAGGAGAGGCCGCGGGCUGCCGGGGAGGCCCUACACCGACGCUGGGAGGCGCGCGAAGGGGGCCAUCGGGCAUGGGCGGGAGAGUCCAGAGACCCCGAGCAUAGGAAGAGGCAGGCCUGGGCCUCCCCGCGGCGCCCCGAUGAGGAGGACCGGCCUCCCGGCCGCCAGAAGCACCACGCGGGCAAGGGGCGGGACUGA